AUGAAUUCAGCUAUAAGGAAAGUGCCUCGUGGAAGGCCCCUCGAAGCUAACAACUUCGACCAUAUCGUGCGAUGCUAUGGUGGUCAAACAAUCGCUAUAGAAAUGGAACCUCACCAUAUGCAAAAGUCAAAGCAGCCUAGAGAUUUAAUUCAAUACAUUGAUUUUCUGAACCGGAGAAACGGAGAACUUAGGUUGGAGCUUACAUUCUACCGAGAAUGUCACCGGCACGCAGAGAAGUUCAAAGAAAAGAUCGAGGGAAUAUCCCAAGAUUUACUUCAAGCAUGCAUUAUUGGUUUGCUUGACGGUAUAGAUUUUGGAGAGAUUAGAGAUCUUUCCAACACGGCUUCAGAUGCAAUAGAUCAAUUUAGUCACGACCAAGAACAAGCAUUCAACGCUUUCAUAGCGCCUUACAAAGCAUCAAAGAGCCCUAAAAAGUCUACUAUAUCAAUGGAGGGGUGGAUUUGA